GAAAGGCAAGAGGAGACUCAUGGCUAGGAUGAAGGCAAUUACUCAACAUUCUUUGCUGAAGAUGGCAUCAAAUGAUGACUUUGGUACAUAUUACCCUGGGAAUCCUCAGCCCGGGGACCUGAUUGAAGUCUUUCGUCCAGGCUACCAGCACUGGACUUUAUAUCUAGGUGAUGGCUACGUCAUCAACAUGGCCCCAACAGACGACAGCUCCCCGGUUCCAUUUACAAGCGCCAAGUCCGUAUUCAGCAAAAAGGCCUUGGUGAGAAUGCAGCUCUUGAAGGAUGUGGUGGGCAACGACACUUACAGGAUCAAUAACAAAUACGAUGACGUGUACCCUCCUCUGCCGCUGGACGAGAUCAUCCGCCUGUCGGAAUUCCUCAUUGGCCAGGAGGUGUCCUACGACCUGUUGGUCAACAACUGCGAACACUUCGUGACUUUGCUCCGAUAUGGAGAAGGAAUUUCGGAGCAGGCCAACCGAGCGAUUGGUGCCAUUGGGAUUGUAACCGCUGCUGCCAACGCCUUCUCACUCCUUGGCUUGUUUCCGAGCAAACAAAGGCAAAAACACUAUUAACAAUUUAUUGGAGAAAUCUUAGAACUAAUGCAAUUGUGAGAAAAUAGCCAGCCAGGGAAUGAAUUAAACCUCAUUUUCACUAUGUCAUUGAUGCCCCCAAACCCAGGGACUCAGCUACACCCUGGCUGUGUUUCCCUUGCCCAGUUUCCAUGUUGCGGAGUGUUGCUGUCACCUUGUGCUGAAGGGUUGUGGGUCUGCGGUGGGGAGAGGGAGGGGGCUUCUCAACCAAGGCAACAUUGGAGGUUUAAUCAUAAGAGACUAUUUUCUUUUCCCAAAGGUGG